GAUCAGGUUUAUAAACUUGAGUGUAUGAAUUAGUAGUGAAAUGUUACUCGAUAACUGGCUGUGGAGGGAGGACCAUGUCGAGAUAGAAGUGUUUGUGUUCGUGUUGUGAUGUGCGAUGCGCGGAGCAGAGAGAGGCUGCGGUAGUCACAGCUGCUCCGCUUGCAAGACGUUUAACGCCCUCAGAGCAGGCUUCUGGAGCACGGCCUGCUUCCUCUUCCCCAGGCCCGCCGAAGGCCUCUCGCAGCCUCUCCAGAGGAACCGCUGGUCUUCCAGGUCGGUUGGACACUACUCCAGGGCCUCGGGCAGGAUGGGCUCCACCAGGCCCAUGAAGAGUGGCGGAGGCUUCAUCCACGGGGGCUUCAAGGCCGCAGCGCUUGUGAAUCGGUCGCCGCCCCGACCCGGGCUGACCCGCUCGCGCACUACGCUGGACGCAAGCUGUGCCACCCCCUACUCCUCCGCCCACUCCCUGGCCCACUCCUCCUCGGGCCAUUCCUUGGCGUUUUCCUCCUCCAGCCAUUCGCUGGCGCCGUCCGCCUCGUCCCACUCCCUAGCGUCGCCCUCGAUGACGGAGCUGACCCCAUCACCGUCCACGCGCUCGCUCGCUUCGUCGUCGGCGUACUCGUCGCAGUCGUCGGCUACGCUCAGCCGCAGCUCGUCCAACCUGAGCCUCGGCUGGCGCGAGUUCCGGGCGCGGCGGAAGCCCUUCGCCGUGCUCUACGACGGGCAAAAGGCCCAGUCUCGCGGCGGCAUCGGGGAGGGGCUGCUGCCGGCCCUGCGCCACCACGUGCUAGGGGAGAAGAAGGCCCGGGCGGUCCAGAAUACCAAAGAAUCAACCAAAGAAAGUUCCUCCCGCUCGACCAAAGACUCGGUGCUCGCCAGAGAAGAGGGCGUCGCCGCUCGCACCUUCACCAAAGCCGCAACCAAAGCACCUCCUUCGGACGCGAAGGACCACAAGGACGCCAAAGGAUCCUUCCUCUCCAGCAUCGCAAAGACCAAGCUCAAAGGACGUCGGGAUGACCUACGACGCUUCACCACCAGUGUGCUGCCGGCGCACCUGCUCGGCCUAGCCAAGCACGCCGCCGCCAGGAACAGCAGCAGCAGCAGCAACAACAACAACUCCACGACUACCAACAACAACAAUAACAACAAAAACAAAGCCGGCGCUGGCCCGGCCCCCCCGCCAGUGAAGUCGGGCGCCCAACACUUGCCCAAGAAAGUGCAGCGCCUGGACGAUGCGGGGCGAGAGGCAAGCGCUGCCAUGGGGCCUCCGCGAGUGUACCACCGAAGCGUCAGCCACUCGGCCAUGGCGAGCUCGCGCGAAGGAGGGCACUGCCGACAGGGGACGCACAUGAAUCAGUCGCACGAAAACGUGUCGUCUGCGGGCUUGGCGGGCGCUCACGGAACGCCGACUUCGGGUGUGGCCCCGCCGAAGCCUCCAAGGACCUACGCGAGCGAGGGUGCGACAACGCCUCGGGGAGGGCCUGGCGAACAGUUCCGGAAGCCAGCCACUCCCCCAAGGGUCAUCGUGGAGGCGCCGGAAGAGGGUGCUGUCCGAAGCGCGACCAGUCCGCCCCCCGCAAAGCGCAGCUUCGUUCCCCUCGGAACCUCCCAGUCUUGCUCCGCCCUCAUUAAGCCGAAGCCCGCCCCUCGGACCGUCUUCCCCACUUUCACCACACCCAUUGCUGGUUUCCGUCACCCGCGGCCGCGCCCUCUGCGCCGUCAGCACGACACUCCCCUUCAGGAGUCCCUACCACAAAUGUCGUCGACGCCCCUCGUGCUGCCGAGGAACCCAAGCAACCGCGAGGCGCCUAGGAGCCUGGGCCUGGGGACGGAUUCGGCAGAUGUGACGCCCACGCCUUCGUCUGAGACGAUUUGCAAUGAUGACUCCUUCCUCGACGACUCCUACAUGAGCCACAAGUGCUACCUGUCCCCGUCCAGUGUGUACGACUCCUCCUUGGGGUCGUACAACGGCCCCCCAGGCGGCCAGGACCACAUCCCCUGGAUCACGACGCCGCCCCACAACGCCAUCAAGGCCUCGCAGUCGCUGGGAAAUCUCCACCUGGCGGACGGCGACGGCGGAGGCCUCCUGCGAGGGCCCGGCCGCCUGCAGGCCGCGCACGAAGGCGCGUCGUUUAGCCACCGGAUGCUCCUGUCGUACCGGAACAAGGAAAACGAGGUCGAUGGAGGAGUGGAGAAAAAAUGGACACGCAGUAGUUCCCUUCGUCGUACUUUCCACCAUUCCAGUCACAAUAGUGGCCACCAGCAGGAUCCAUCUGCACACUCAGAUACCGAGAUUGGGAAGAUAUCUGCCCCACAUAGUCUUCUAGAUGGGGACUGUGGUUCAGUAGGAGGCAGCGUAUCAUCAGAGAGAGGAAUUGAUGUUGGGAGAGUGGGUGCUUGGGCCACUUCCUUUGAGAAACUCUUGGAAGACCCUGCAGGGUUACACACAUUUGCUGAGUUCCUGAAAAAAGAAUAUAGUCAUGAAAACAUUUAUUUUUGGACUGCCUGUGAGCGAUACAAACGCUUAUCCAACCCUGAUGAACUACGUGCCAUGGCCAAAGAGAUCUUUGAGAGACAUUUGUGCAUUGGCGCUUCAGAACCUGUCAAUGUUGACUCCCAGGCAAGACAGGAUGCUCAAGAUGGUCUGCAUUCUCCAAAUGAAUUCCUCUUUGCACAGGCACAGAAGCAAAUCUUCAAUCUCAUGAAGUUUGACAGUUACUCACGAUUCUUAAAGUCGAACUUGUACAAAGACUGUGUAUCACGAGACAUAAGGGGCCAGACUCUGCCAUACCCAGGGGAUGAAACACUUGACCCUGACCUUAGGAUUGUUCAAGAGGAUUCCCAUGUUAAGUUAAAGAAGAGCAAAUCAGAUGCUGAUGAACGGCGCAGGAAAUCCCUCUUGCCAUGGCACCGGAAGGACCGCAGUAAAAGCAAGGACAGAGGGGAAGCAGAAUACAGGCGGAGGAAGAAGAUGGGUCAACGCAACCCCUCUGAAUCCUCCAGUGUUCGGUCUGAUAUGAGUGGAAGCCGAACAUCUCUCAACUCCUCUGAUAUUGCGCUUGGGAGAAGAGCUGUAUCCAAAGAAUCACUUACAAGUGGUGAGCUUGGGAGCCUAAGUGGAAGUGAAGGCUGCAACAGAUGUCGCGUCAUUCUGCCUGAUCUCAGCAACUCUGUUGUGGCUGUUCGUCCUGGGGAGUCUAUACAGGGGCUUUUGACGAGGCUAUUAGAACGCCGAGGAAUCUCUUAUUCUACCUUUGAUGUGUAUCAACACAAAUCAGACAAGUCUCCUGCCUACAAGCUGAUGGAGAAGACAGAAGACAGCUCUGUGCUGGGAGGACUGGAGGUCAGGCUUGAGCAGAGAAUUCUCUUCCGUCUGGACCUUCCCAACCGCAAGACUGUAUGUGUUAAAGCUAAACCAAAUAAACUUGCAAAUGAAGUUCUUAAACCGAUUCUGCACAAGUAUGGUUACAAGCUCGACCUCAUGACCAUUCAUAAGGUUGGAGAAGAAAAAGGAGUUAACCUAAAGUGCCAUGUGAAUGAGUUAGAUGGAGAUAGGCUAGUAGUGCAGACAAAGGAGGAAGUGAAAGAGUGGGGAGUAGAGCCAGCUCGUCAAAAAAAAAGAGGCAGUUUAGAUGAAAUCACCAACCGUGUCUUUGAGGAUCUGUUGAAUGGAAAAUCAGAGCAAAAUUUUGAUGAACUUGGUGUGCUAGAUUUUGAUGCCAGAUCUUCCAGAACGGACAGAAGCAGUGAUAGAUCAUCUAGCAUCCUGGGCGGCUUCAGCAGGAGAAAUUCCCUGGCACCUGAUAAGGAGUCAAACAAGAAACCAAGGAAACCCAACAGUAGAUCAAGUGUACAUGAAAACCUUGGUGUCCGAGGGAUGAUGCCACCACCAGAGCAUGCAAUAGUCACAAAGCGGCGUGGCAACAACCCAGCCAAUGCAAAACAAGAAAAUGAUGAGUUAUAUGAAGGACUGAAACGUGCACAGAGGAGCCGCCUAGAUGACCAAAGAGGGACAGAAAUUAAUUUUGAACUGCCUGAUUUUCUCAAGUGUGACCAACCUCAGGACAAGGAGAAUCAGCAUGCACAUCUGGCAGAUCAGCUGUUAGCACACCUAGAAUGCUCCUUCUCAGAAGGAGGUGUUAUACCAAGCCACCAGGAAGCGGAGGACUACUUCAGCAUGGCUCACCCUGAGGUCUGGGGAGGCAUUCCAGCCAGUUCAGGCCCACACUCAGCUAAUGCCACUCUCCUUGCACCUGACAUAGACUUGGAUGACUUUGAUGACACGCUCCAGGGUGAUGAAUCUCUUUGCCAGGUGCCCAUGCCUGACACCACCUCCAGCUCACUGCACAUGGAUGCCCCUGAUUUCUCCCCACCGCCUCCUAUACCCAUGGAAAACUCCACAGUCUCAGCGGUUUCCAGAAUGCCUCCACCUUCUCUGCUUCUGUCGCCUCCUCCUCUUCCCCCAAAGCCAAAGUUGGGGGGAACAAGAGGGCCUCCUCCUCGCCCACCCUCCCGCCAACUUCACCUCCUCAACCCACCCACUUUUUCAUCCACAAGUGAUGAUGAUGCUCUACAUUCUAAUGAUGCACCCAUCCACAUCACCAGACAAAGCCAUGACAAAUUCAAUAUCAGUUUUGUUUAGUGGAAAUUUUUGGGGUGGAUGAUUUUUGUUUUAUCACCAGAAAUUCCAAGGAUAUAUAUGUAUAUUGAUGAGUCUAAUUUAAGACGAGUUGAUUUUGAAUAUAUUUUUCCUCUAGGAUAUUGUAAAUGUCUAUCUUCAUUUGUACAUUAUAGUAUAAAACUAUAUAAAAUCAAAUAAUUUGGCAUGGCAUAGCUUGAACUUUUUCCCAUGUCUAAUUUUAGGUCCUCAGUGGUGAAAGCUGGAAACCAGACAGCCACAGAGGACAAAGGCAAGUGCCUCAAUGCCUGGGAAAUUAUUCUUUUAUACAGUACAAAAAUGUUAAUGAAAAGAAGUGUGCCAUUCCAGGUAGUUCAUAUAUAUUAUAAAUGUUAUAUAUGAGAGAAACUGUAUGUAUGUAGUAAUAAAUAUUUUUACUUCGAAAUUGACGCCCUGGCAGAGUGGCUAGAUGCGUUGUGAUACAAACAGUAUUUCAGUGUGUAUAGAGUACACAUGUUGUAAAUAGUUUAUAUAUUGUGCUUUCAUGUAUAUAUUGACUGCAGUAAGCAUGAUUUUCUAUAUAUCUUCUAAAUACUGUUUCUUAAAAUGUAAAUAAUUCCAUGUUCCUAUGUCUAUGAAUUUAUACACUAGACAAUCUGUUUAAUUUCUAUACAGUUAUGCACCACAGUGGCAAUAAUAUGAAAAUAAAUAAUUUUGAAU